CCUCUGAACCUCAGCUCAAGCGGAACCCGCACACCCUCGCUCUCUCCUUCUUCUCUUCUUCUUCUCCCGAGCAAGGAGGAGGCUCUGCUCAAGCAAGCGAGCUCUGCCUCAUGGCCUGCGCCUUCUUCUUCGACGCGGAGCCGUUGGGCGAGCCCGGGCUGCGCCUGCACGGGCCGGAGCUGGAGCUGGACGCCUGCGCGCUCUGCACCAAGCCGCUGCAGAGCAACAGCGACAUCUUCAUGUACAAGGGGGACACCCCCUUCUGCAGCGAAGACUGCCGCUACGAGCAGAUGCACUUCGACGCCGCCAUGGCCAGGCAGCAGGCCAGCGCCAGGCGGAAGCAGCAGCAGCAGCAGGCCCAGGCGCAGCCCAGCGUGCCGGCGCCGGCGCCCGUGUCCGCCAAGGCCGACGUGUCCGUGGCGAGCUAGUUGCGCCGCGCCGCAUCGGGUUAGCUGGUAGGAACUAUGUACUCUUUUUGCCUUGGGUUGAAGGAGGAGGAGGAUGCGGGAUUCUUGGACGGCCAGUGUUUUUGCCCAGGCAUCCAGUGCCGAUCGAUCCAUCUUUUGAUCUGCACAGGCCGGGCAAUUUGAGCAGGAUCACCGCGGUCUUCUGAUUGGCCUCAUUUUGGGGUUUGGGUUUGGGUAUGAGAGGAGAGGGCAGGUGUGCAAGAGCACCGUCGCUGUGUAAUUAUGCAAGGCAAUCGAUGUAAAGUAUUUCUCCAAAUUUUGAAGGAAAUCCUAUCAUGUUUAUUCAUUUGAACGAGUA